GAUUACUCGCGUUACGGUUCUGGAGUCCGGGUUCACCGAGGCGAGCCUGCGCAGCUCGGCAGAGCUCUUCCGCCAAAAGAAGUGGCACAUGUCAGGGACGCCAUGGACGGCGGAGAUGGAUGAAUCGUGGCGACAGUCUCAGACCGCGUUCGAGAGGAUGUCUGAAGAGAGGCAGGACGCGUUGCUACGUGGAAUUCGGGCAGGAAUAUCAGUGAACAUCUUCAGAGAAGAAAAUAGGAACGCGGAUAAGUAUCAAGUAUAG